AUGUACACAGAAGACACCAGAAUAUUUUCUACAAAGAGAACUUUAGUAUUAAUUAUCCUAUCAAGCGCCUUUGCAGGCCUUAUCGGGUAUGCAUUUUAUAAAUUUGCAAUCAAACCUCCCAAUGAAAAAAGCAGAAAUCAAGCACAGCCCUCCAAACUUCAGCCUGUUCUAGAAAAGCACCCUGAAAAACCUUCUCAAAGGAUUCUCGCUUCUAAAAAAAAAGAGGGAGAAGAACUAACACGCAGCACAAACGAAGAACAAAAUAAAAAGGAAAAGGAAAUAGAACUACAGAAACUUUUUGGCAUAAAUGAACAGAAUGGCUAUUUGAAGAAUGAGAAUGGUACAGGUGAAAAAGAGUCUUUCGCUGAGCUCAAUGGGGAUACAAAAGAUGAUUUGAACUUUGCAAUAACAAUUGAAAUUCCUUUAGAGUACUACACUCAUCUAAUAAAUGCCUAA